AUGUCCACCGAGGAAACGUACAGCGGCGAUUGGGAACAGGAAAUUGUACAAACUUCCUUGCCAACACAACUGAAGACAGCGAAGAUUGUGACGAUACAAAUAUCGAUUGUGACAACAUUGAGAACACAGACUCCAACGAUGGCAGUAAAAUGGCACACGAAGAUGUAUUACGUCAUAUUCCAUCCACUAAAGCCCAGGCUACAGAAGGGGGCUGUCAUUGUGCUCACCAUCUUUAUAUGGGUUGUGUCUAUCUUGAUCACGUUGCCAACACCAAUGAAAACGUCCAUGUCGAGCGGAUACGACAGAGCCGGUAACAACAUACAUUACUGCGGUGAAUAUUGGGGAAACAGGCAGUCGUCUAAAGCAUACAUUGUGUUUUUAACAGUAGUCGAAUAUAUUAUACCAAUGGGCGUUAUGACGUUCGCCUACAUUAAUAUAAUUAAGAAAGUAUGGUUUCAUCGCACCCCUGGUCAACUCACAAACAGACACCGAGACCUUGCAGUCGGUAAUAGGAAGAAAACUAUCCGGAUGUUAGUAACUGUUGUCGUGUCAUUUGGUAUAUGUUGGGGGCCUUAUCACGGUUACAAUCUCGCCGUGCACUUCCAUGAAGACAUCCUACAACGUGAGAACAACAACAUGACAUUGUUUUACAUAGUUGAAUGCAUCGCCAUGUGUAACAAUCUUAUCAAUACGGUUAUAUAUUUUCUCAUGAAUGACGUAUAUCGCAAAGAAUGCUGGGGACUAAUGAAAACAGUAGUAGGAUUACAAAAUGUUUUGCGGCGGAGAAGCACGACUACGGCAACAGGCCGACUGAGUUCCUUGUUCCGGAAGAGCCUCAAAAUAAGCAAGAUGUGA